AGGUUGGGAAGGAAAAAGAGGAAAACGAAGUUAAAAAGAGGAAAAGGAUGAAAAGGUGAGAGAAGGGGUUCGUGCUCAGAGGCGGGGAAUAUUAACGUCAGGAGUGGGAGUGGGAGUGGGAGUGAAAGUGGAGUUUUAUUUCGAUAUUACUCCGGCGACGGUUUGAUUCUCUCGCCCUCCCGUUGCUUCUCGUUUCCCUGAAUACCUUCAGAGUGUUCAGGGUUAUUAGGGAUUCAAGAAAAAAAUGUGCAGGUUAGCCAGCUUUUCUGCUAGUAUGUUAUCCAGAGUUUAAGCGAUGACUUCACCAUUUGAAAAAUUUCCCAUAAAUUAAGCCAAUACACGGUAAGAAAUUUGGUUUUGCGUUUUCAAUUGUUAUAUAAUUUGUUACACUCAGAGACUCCCUUUUCAUGCAUAGAUUCUGCACCAAUGUUUUCCUCUUUUAAAAGCAACGGCAAUUGUAGAGUCAUUUUCAUAACAAAAUUUUCAUCUGGUUUAUCGUCUUUAUUUCUUGUUCCAUCAAUGCUACGUGCAUGUUAUAUUCUCACCGUAGCCAUCUAAAACAGCAUUGUAAGGAAUUUUCGCGUGGAAAGAUUCUAAUUUGCAUUGCCUGCACGAAUUUUGUUUGUCUUCCAUGGCAUUCAUCUGGUUAACGUAACUUUUAAAAUAAUAAUUAAAAAAUUGUAUGAUGCUAUCUUACAUGACAAUCGAUUUACGUAGAUAUUGCAUGUGAUUUGAAAUUAGAAGCAUGGUGUUUGUGAUGAAGGUGCAGACGCCAUCGUCUUGAGAAAAGUAGUUUGGUGAGAAGAAGAGUGUCCCUUGGAAUGCAGAGCAGCAGCCAUUCUCAAAAUCUGAAUGAGAUUUAUCAAAAUGGCUGUGACGAUUGACAGACAUGAGGGGUUUGGGCCGUUUAGCCGAUCCCAGAGAUGCAAACUCCAAUCUUACGGUCACCUUGAUCCGAACGUUGUCGAACAUAGCAAAAGUGGUGGUACUUUUUCACACUCCAUUGAACUAGCAUUUGAAGCCUAUAAUAUUCACCGCAGUUUCUCCACUCCAUGCCUCCCCCUGACCACACUGGUAGGGGAAGAGCUCACUUGUCACCCUCCAAGGAUUGAGAUUGUUCGUGGAAGUGGAGCUCCAGUACAUGCUCUAGUUGUUGAGGUUGCCAUAGCUUUGGCCUCAGGUAUCAAACCAAUACCCAUCCCGAGUGGCCUAGGUGGUGCCUAUGCUUUCCGCAACCAAAAUGGCACCAACAUCGCUGUAGCAAAGCCAGUAGAUGAAGAGCCUUUCGCCUUCAACAACCCAAAAGGCUUAGGGGGUCAAAUGCUCGGCCAACCUGGCCUCAAGAAAUCUAUUCGCAUUGGUGAAACUGGUAUCCGAGAGUUAGCUGCUUAUCUUCUUGAUCAUGGAGGCCUUGCUGCCGUGCCUCCUACGGCUUUAGUCAAAUUUUCUAAUGCUGCAUUCUUUGUCACUUCCAAUGCAGCACCAUCUGCUCUUCCAAUGCCUAAAGUUGCCUCUCUCCAACGCUUUGUUGGUCAUGGUUUUGAUGCAGGAGAGUUGGGUCCUUCUUUCUUCUCAGUUGCUUCAGUCCACAACAUAGGGAUCCUUGACAUUAGGAUCAUGAACCUUGAUAGACAUGCAGGGAAUAUGCUUGUGGCCGAGCAUGACUCUAACAAUGCUAGCUAUGGUGGUACUGUUGCUGACCUUGUUCCCAUCGACCAUGGCUUUUGCCUCCCUGAGUGGCUGGAUGAUCCAUAUUUUGAGUGGCUACAUUGGCCACAAGCCUCUAUUCCUUUCUCUGACUAUGAACUUGACUACAUUUCCAAACUCGAUCCCUUCAAAGAUGCAGAGGUUUUAAGAACUACCAUUCCUUUACUCGGGGAAUCCGCAAUACGUGUUCUUAUUGUUUGCACCGUUUUAUUGAAGCAAGCUGCUGCUGCUGGCCUUUGCCUUGCUGAAAUAGGCCAAAUGAUAACUAGGAAAUUUCGUGAAGGUCAAGAGUUACCGAGUGAAAUGGAAAACAUCUGCUUAAAAGUCAAGGCUAGCAUCCACACCAAAAACCGCACAGAACAAGGGUCUAAAUGUGAACGUGCUGAAAUUUCCUUCGGAGACCUCAACCAAGUCCAGUGGGAAGCGUUCUUGGAGCAUUUUGGUGAGCUUUUGCACAGUGUUUUUGAGGACAGGAAGUGCAACGCCAAAAAAUUGGAACAUCUUGGAAGUUACUGAAUAUUAGGAGGAUAGGUUGCCAAAGCGAGACACCAAUUACUGUCGCUUGUAGCUGUACAUUAACACCAUUCAUAGUGUAGCUUUCAACUAAUUCCAUUCUGCAACUUUCUUUAUCUUUUUUUUUUCCUUCAAACCAUAUAUAUAUAUUUACCCUUUGUCAAGUAGACCUGUAUCCUAUAUUUCACCUGUGAUUAUGUAAUUAAUUACUUUUGUAUUUUUAUUUUCCCCAUUCAAAAUGUAAUCAAGCAUUCGUUAUAUUGGUCCUUCCCAAUAUAAUGUAAUGUUGCUUGUGUAACUGUUGCGCCCUUCAAUUUUA